AUGCGCACCAUACUGCUGCCCGUCGGCCCACCUGGAGCUGGAAAGUCGACGCUCUGCAAUGGCUUACAGCAAUUCAUGCGAGCAGUGGCACGACCAUGUUCGGUAGGCAACAUAGACCCAGCAAACGAGAACAUCCCAUACGAAGCUGCAUUUGACGUACGGGAACUGGUCGAUGUCGAGGAAGUCAUGGAGCGGGAAGAACUUGGUCCGAAUGGGGGCGUGCUAUGGGCUAUGGAGGAGGUAGAAGCCAACCUCGAGUGGCUGGAGAAGAGACUAGAGGAGUGUGAAGAGACGAUUAUCCUAGAUCCUCCAGGCCAGCCAGAACUCACUACACAUCACACAGCACUACCAAGAAUACUGCAACGGCUUGAGAAGAUUGGCUACCGAAUUGUCGUGAUACAACUCCUGGACUCAGUAGUCCUCACCCGCCCAUCGCUCUACCUAUCAAGCUUGAUCCUCUGCCUCCGAGGAAUGCUACACCUCCCCUAUCCAAUCGUCAACGUCUUCACCAAGAUUGACAACCUCAAGUCCGUCGGCGGCGCAGACCUGCCCUUCAACUUAGACUUCUACACCGAAGUCCAAGACCUCCAUCACCUACUACCCGCACUAUCUGCCGAACUUCAAGGCACCCCAACCAAGUCCAGCGACAAGUGGGACAAACUCAACGCUGCCUUGAUCGAACUCAUCGAAGACCACGGCCUUGUCGGCUUCGAGACCUUAGCUGUCGAAGACCGCCAGUCGAUGGCCAGCCUGUUGCGAGCCAUCGAUCGCGCUAGCGGCUAUGUCUUCGCUGGAGCCAGAGGCACAGACGAAAGUGGCAGGACUCUCGACAAUGAGGCUUCGAUCUGGGCGCAGGCCAUGUCUGAGAGUUAUGGUAAGAUGGAGGUCAGGGAUGUGCAGGAGAGGUGGAUUGAUAGGAAGAACGAGUACGAUGAGGAGGAGAGGAAGCGCUGGGAAGAGGAGGCGAGGUCAGCUGGCGCGUUACCUGAGGAACCUGCUGCGACUUUGAAGCGACAGGGGAAUGGUGAGGAUGUGGAGAUGGAUGAUGAGGAUGAGAUGUUGGCUGAGCAGCGGAAGUGGGAGGAAGAGCAGAAAAGGAAAGGCGAAGCGGCGACUGGGGGGACGAAAGUGCUAAGGAAGUAG